UUUUACUAUAUCUGUACUUGGAAUUCAUGCAUUUAGUUUCACCUAUAUUAUCAUACUCUUUUUUCUAUUUAACAGCUUCAGGGGCUUGAGGCGCAUCUAAAGAUUGCUUCUAAGAUGAAUGGGUUUAACCUAGGUACUUGGCCAGAUAUUGAUGUAACUAGAUGGACUAUAAAAGAGUAUAUUCAAGAUCGAAUUCAAUCUGAUGGAUCAUCUUGCGGCUUGUUCAUGCUACAAUUCAUUGAAUACUGGACAGGACACAAACUGUCACAUCCUGUUACACAGGAAGAUGUCAAACCCUUCAGGCAAAAAGUAGCAAUCAUUCUCCAUGAAUCAGAUCUGAACGAUAUAAAAGGAACUCCUGAGUACCAUAAUCCAGCAGACGAUAUAAUAGAUACUGACGGUGUUGAAAUAUUGGACCCGCCACCUGCCGUGGUUGUUCUGAGAAUGCCACUUAAUAAAAAUGAGCUACUUUUCAAACUUCGAGGUCAUAUCAUGUCCAUUCAUAAUGCAGAUUCCCGAGAGUAAGUCAACUUUCAAAAUAACAAUAUCUGCAUUUAUGUAUAUUAUUUUUUCACUAUAUCGUUGAUGCUAUGGUUUAUUUGAUAGGAAAGAAUGGAUCCGUAGCUCCAAGCCCUACCCACUAAGUAUAAGUCUUAGACAACUACAAGACUUACUAAAGAAUACACGGGCUAUUGAU